AUGACAAAAUCAAUAUCGAUCGUAACAAAAGACUAUGAAAACUCAAGUAUUGCACCUUCGCUAGUCGUGAUAUCAGGUGGAACUGCCUGUAAUUCAAUGGUAGAUGUCUUACAAAGUUUGACUCCUAACGUAAGCUAUAUACUUGGUUUAAGUGAUAAUGGUGGCUCAACUAGUGAGAUUUUACGUGUUUUGGGAGGACCGGGAAUUGGUGAUAUUAGAAGUAGACUUGUUAGAUUAAUCAAAAUUGAAGAAAAUGAUUAUGAGAGAAUAGCUUUAAGAAAUUUGCUCAGCUAUCGAUUACCAAUAGAAGGGAAUGAAUUGGACAUUAAACUUGAAUGGUUAGAAGUAGUUGAGGGUACUCAUAAAUUAUGGAAUGGUAUUUCUUCGGAGAAAAAAGGAAUCAUACGUGGUUUUUUGGUGAAUCUACAAACAGAAAUUCUUAAGGGAGCACAAAAGAAAUUUAAUUUUCGUAAUGGAAGCAUUGGUAAUUUUUUUCUCACUGGAGCUAGAAUUUUUUUUGGAUCAUUAGAAAGUGCAAUUUUUAUUUUUUCUGUAAUAACUGGUAUUAAUGAAUCGACCAAAGUGAUUCCAAUAAUAAAUACGAAUCAAAAUGUUUCUAUAGCUGCAGAACUUGAAAAUGGAAAAAUUAUUUUAGGUCAAUGUGAAAUUUCUCAUCCUUCAUCUCAACAAAAAGAAAAUUCAAGGUUCAAAUUGGAAAAUUCAGGUGAUUCAUAUGGCCCUGUUAAUAAUCAAAGUAAUCUUUUAUUUGACAAAUCCGAAAUAAAAUUAUUGGCUCGUAGAAUUAAACGAAUUUAUUAUAUUAAUGAUUAUGGUCAAGAAAUGAUUCCUCUUCCUUCAGUAAAUCCCAAAGUUGCAACAAGUUUUUGUACUAAAUCGACACUCAUAUAUUCAAUUGGAUCACUUUAUACAUCUAUUAUGCCAUGUCUCGUUUUAAAAGGUGUAGGGAAAGCUAUUAUUGAAUCAACAACUUUAAAACGAAAAAUUUUAAUACUUAAUGGAUAUAAUGAUCUUGAAACGGAUGGAUAUAUAGCAUCGGAUUUUGCAAAAGCAAUUAUUAAUGGUUGUAAUUCAUCUUUAAAAUCAAGUGGAUUAUGGUCAAAUGAAUAUCAGGCGAAUAAAUAUAUUAGUCAUAUGAUUUUCUUGGAUAAUUCUCAAAUUAAUGUUGAUAUAUUGGAAAUUGAAAAAUUGGGAAUAGAAUGUAUUGAAACGAAAGGUGAUAUUAAAAAUGGAAAACCUGUUUAUAAUGAAGAUGUUUUAAAAGAUGUAUUAAACAUGAUUAUUGUGUAA